AUGUCACUUGCAGCUGUUUGCUUUACGCAGGAGCCUGGAUGUUCGAGGUUCCAUUACGAAGAAAAGCUGUUAGAAAAAGUGAUCAGAUCGGAAAUCAGGAUGGAAGCGUUUGAGGAAUUAUCAAAGAAGACAACUGGCUCUGUGGAAGAAAAUAUGCAGACACUUAUAGGACUUACAAACACAGUGCAAGAGCUGCAGAAAGAAAUCCAAAUAUUGAAGUCCGUUGACGUAAAGAGCAGCGGCGUAUACACGAGAUGGGGACGGCGGUCGUGCCCUGGAAUCACGGAGCUGGUGUACGAAGGGUUUGCUGGCGGCGGACAUUACACUCAGAAAGGAGCGAGUAGUAAUUAUAUUUGUCUGCCACAGGACCCAAUUUUAAACAGCGAUGGACGAAAAGCUGGUGCCCUUAGCAAGGUUUACGGUGCUGAGUAUCAAACUGAUUCUGCAACGUUUCACAAUAAUUUAUAUAACGAAGACGUUCCAUGUGCCGUCUGCCGCGUUGUUGGAAAAAGCGUUGUCAUGAUCCCAGCGAGGAACGCCUGUUACAGCGGAUGGCAAACUGAGUAUUUUGGAUAUUUGAUGUCGUCUUAUUACGGCCACGAAGGAAACAAGGAACUCGUUUGCAUGGACGAAAAUCCUGAAAAGGCGGAAGGAAGUGAUGGUGGUGAUCAAAAUGGUGCCCUGUUUUACUUUGCUCAAGCUGUUUGUGGCUCGUUAAAGUGUCCUCCAUAUAGCGAGAACAAGGCGUUAACCUGUGUGGUUUGUUCUAGAUAG